AUGGCUGAAGUCAUCAGCCUGCUUUCCUCGCCACCCAUCAAUCCUGGAAAACGGAGCCGCGAGAAACUACCGACACGACUACCAGUAGCAGAUUUGUUUGGUUCAGAUGAUUUCGAUACCACUGGCGACCUCGACUUCCACGGAGAGCAGCCUAAAAAAAGACGAAAGCCAUCACCUGCUCCUGAAGCAGUCAUCGCAGCUCGUUCAGGACCUCAGACACUGAUUGCAGAGCUUGAUCUUUCUUCUGAGCCAGAUCUUCCGCCAUCUUCUGCCCCAGCUGAUCCAGGACCCAGCCGUCCAAGCUUUCUUGAUGCUUUUGCUGACGAUGAUGAAGACGACAUCGAGUUUUCAUCUUCGGCACCAGCAAUCAGCAAGAACCACCGCUCCAAACUGGAUGCAGUGGUACAUAUCUUGUCUUCUGAUAGUAUCACAGCGGACGAUGGCGCGCGAACUCGCGAAUCUGCUGCGCCAGCUGCUCCUGCAUUCUCAGCUCGGGUUAUGGAAGUCUUGGGCGCGGCUAACAUUUCGUUGAGAGACGAUUCAGGAUCGAAGCGUAUUGGUAAAGCGGCAAACACCAGCUACAAACCUACCAAACCCGUCCGCAGGAGUAAGAAUGCUAUCGACGACAUCAUUGUCUCCUCGCCACCAUCGGCUGCCUCCAAGAAGAAGUCGCAGGCGAGUCGAGCGGACAAGGAGGCACAAUCGACCGCGUCGAAGCGCGAGCGUGAAGCGGCUAAAGAAGCCGAGAAGCAGCGCAAGAAUGAUGCCAAACUUGAGCGCGAGAAGGAGAAGCAGAAGGCGAAGGACAUGGCGGAAGUGAACAAAUCAAAGGCCAACAAGAAAGAGACAUCGAAGGAAAUGAUUCUCGAGAUGCAUGGCUCACUCGAGAGCACAAGUAUAGGCGACCAGGUGGAAGAAUACAUGCGGCAACACGAGAUCCAAUUCUCUUAUACGCGUGAAGAAGUCUCACUUUCGGAGUCCGCCCAGCAUCUGGAUGCCGGAAAGACUCUUCGCUGGAAGAGAAAAAUCGAGGCGGCCUAUGAUGAGGAUGAGGGUCAGUGGGUCCCGCUCGAUAGGUCACGCAUCGAUCUCAUUGACCAUGUGGUGAUCUUGAUCAGCGGCUCUGAGUUUGCGUCAGUAGCUCUGGGGUCAAGCGACCCCGAUGAUCUUUCCGAGUCUCCAAGUCUGGAAGCGAUGAAGAGAAAUCUUGACCGUCACAUGGAGCAUACUCGCCGCCAGCACAAGGAUAGAAGGCUGAUCUACCUAAUCCAGGGCCUGCACGCUUGGAUCAAGAAAAACCAAAACGCCAAAAAUCGGGAAUACACCGCCGCUGUCAGAGCUCAAGUGGCCGAAGAAACAUCGAAUGGACCGCCGGCGUCCUCGCAAGCUCGAAAGCGAAAGCGGGCCCCGGCCUCUCGCCAUCUUGCUGCAGUCACAGCUGAUUUAGCUGAAGACCUCCAGUUGUAUCUUCAGAUCAAUCAUCAGCCGCUUGUCAUUCAUCACACCACGUCCGACGCAGCCACCGCUUCACAGAUUCUUUCCUUUACUCAGAGUCUAUCUGCCCGGCCGUAUAGACUUGCGGAGCUGGAGCACAACUUGAAGUCCUCAUCGUUCUACAUGGGGUCGGGUCAGUUUAAGACGGGCGAUGGUGUUCAGGAAACGUUUUGUCGUAUGCUGGAGGGACAGCAGAGGGUGACUCCCAGCAUUGCCCAGAGCAUUGCAGCAGAAUGGCCUUCUCCGCGCGAGCUUGUGGCGGCCUUCCGGACCAGCGACAACUUGAUGCUGGAAAAUGUGCGAAAGAGCACCAACAAGGACGGAGGUUACAGUGACAAGCGCAUCGGCCCUGUAAUCAGUAAGCGGAUGUACAAAGUGUUCCUGGGCCGCAUUCCCGAGGCGACAGACGGGAUGUCGUGA